AUGUCCAAUGUGUACACACUGAAAGAUCUUAAUAAAAGGAGACAUCGGCUGGGUAGUGUAUAUAAGCAAGAGCUCGAAAAAAAAAUAAGAUCUGUUACCGAAUUUAACUCUGAGAUUAACGAUCUCAGUGAAAAGCUGGUAGAUAAAUAUAAUGAGCGGGAAAAGGAGUAUCAGCGAAGCUAUAGUGAUAUUGGAAAUAAGAUUAGCCAAUUAAAUGUAUCUAGCACUAAAGUUAGAUCCCAACUUAUUUCUGAACAAAAGUUUCAUUCUGAGAGUCAAUGUGAGCUUGAAGCCAAAUACACUGCCGAAAUCAAAUCGCUCAAAUCUUCUAUUAAAUCAUUGAAAGGAGAAGCGACCUUGGCCCAGAAAGCUUUAUCCCUCGAUAAGGUCAAGAUUAUUUCUCUUGAAGCUAAGAUAGAUGAAUUGGAAGCUAAAAUAAAGCACCUAGAACUAAAACGAGUGGGUUCCUCACCACCUAUAUCCCAAGGUUUGAAUAUAGUAGAAGGCUUACUAGAGAAGCCAGCCCAAAUAAACUUAUCCGAAAUCGAUUCUCUCAGGCUUGAAUUGGGACAGGUAAAGGAGGAUUUAAAUUUAAAAAAACAUGAAAUAGAAUGUAUGGAAAAGGGGAUCGAGGCAACAGAUAUUAUAUAUAAACGGGAAUUAGAUAGAUUAUAUUCGGCACAAUCAAAUUUGAUGGAGGAAAAUUCUCACCUCCGAGUUUUAGUAUUAAAGAAAGAUAAUGAAGUAGUCCCAGAAAGAUCAGCUGAGUAUGAGCCUCCCCUUACGAAUGAUACGAAAGAAAGAGUGAGUAAACAGGUUCCAAAAGAACUACAACUUUCUGCUCUUAAUCCUCUACCCUCCCAAAUAUUUUCUGUAAGUGGCGCAGAAGCCGAGCCUUUACUAACAACUGUCCCUAUCAUUCCGGAUUCCUCAAUGAUGCCAAUGAUAAUAUAUUCCAUACUUACCUUGCUACUAAUUGCAAUUAUAUAG